AAAAUACAAAACGAUAGACAUACAUAUACACAUCUAACCAACUAGAGAAGUCGAAGAAAGACCUAAUAGACAUAUAAAAAUGAAAUAGUAAACAAAAUUUUUUUUUUUGACUCUAUAUAAUCUACACUAGUCUUGGCAAAAAAAUUUAAAAAAUAGUAAAUCAUGAAAUAAUUAAUAACCGCGUUAAAGUCUUUUUUUGACUUUCAUGGGACAAAUUAGUCAUUCACUAACCCAUGCCAGAGUAUUUGGACAGUCGAUUCGUGUAAUGCCACCGACGAAGAUUUAUGCAGAAUUGUCAGAUACUAUAAAUCUUCCAAACGUAAGCCUAAACUCAUCUGCUGCUCUGUCAAUAAGGUCUCUGUUUGCCGUUAAUCUCGUCGGCACACGGGUUUCCUCUCCUCAUCAAAUUCUAUUCAUCAUCAUUUUCCCCCUAAAAGAUCUGCAGGGUAAGCGUAGCAAGAUGGAAUCUUUUUGCAAAUUUAAGAUCUGGGUUCUGUUCUUUUGCAUGAUUUCUGAACUGGGUCACGGGUUUUACCUUCCCGGUAGUUAUCCUCACAAAUACGGGAUUGGUGAUCCCUUGAAUGUGAAAGUGAAUUCACUUACUUCAAUUGAGACUGAGAUGCCCUUUAGUUAUUAUAGUUUGCCCUUCUGUCGGCCAAAGGAGGGUGUGAAGGACAGCGCCGAGAAUCUCGGUGAGUUCCUUAUGGGUGAUAGGAUAGAGAAUUCGCCUUACAAAUUUAAGAUGUACACCAAUGAGACGGAGGUUUUCUUGUGUCAAACAAAGCCUUUGUCAGGUGAGGAGUUUAAACUCUUGAAGAAGAGGAUUGAUGAGACGUAUCAGGUAAAUCUGAUCCUUGAUAAUUUGCCUGCAAUUAGAUAUACUAGGAAGGAAGGUCUUUACCUUCGUUGGACUGGCUACCCUGUUGGGGUUAAGCUUCAGGAUGUUUAUUAUGUGUUUAACCACUUGAAGUUUAAUGUGGUUAUCAAUGAAUACCAAGAGACCAAUGUGGCCCGGGUUAUGGGAACUGGUGAUGGUGCUGAGGUGAUUCCAACUGUUGGAAAAUCCGGAUCAGAGGCACCUGGAUAUAUGGUUGUUGGUUUUGAGGUGGUGCCUUGUAGUAUCCAGCACAGUGCCGAUUCGGUUAAAAACUUGAAAAUGUAUGAUAAGUAUCCAUCUCCAAUUAAGUGUGAUCCAUCAUCGGUGGCCAUGCCUAUCAAAGAAAAUGAACCUAUUGUUUUCUCCUAUGAGGUUUCCUUUGUACAGAGGGACAUCAAGUGGCCAUCAAGAUGGGAUGCUUAUCUGAAAAUGGAAGGAGCAAAGGUCCACUGGUUCUCUAUUCUGAAUUCCCUUUUGGUGAUUACUUUCUUAGCCGCAAUUGUGUUUGUCAUAUUGUUGAGGACAGUCAAGCGGGAUCUGACUCGUUAUGAGGAGCUUGAUAAGGAAGCUCAAGCUCAGAUGAAUGAGGAAUUAUCUGGAUGGAAGCUUGUCGUGGCUGAUGUUUUCCGGGCUCCCAGCAACCCGGGACUUUUGUGCGUGAUGGUUGGGGAUGGAGUGCAGAUUCUUGGGAUGGCAAUUGUGACAAUUAUGUUUGCUGCCCUUGGAUUCAUGUCUCCUGCCUCCCGGGGAACAUUGAUUACAGGUAUGCUGUUUUUCUAUAUGAUCCUAGGAAUUGCAGCUGGAUAUGUCGCAGUUCGUAUGUGGAGAACCUUGUUCUGUGGAGAUAAGAAAGGAUGGGUUUCAGUUUCAUGGAAAGUCGCUUGUUUCUUCCCCGGUAUUGCUUUUCUCAUUCUGACCUUUUUGAAUUUCUUGUUGUGGGGUAGUCAUAGCACAGGAGCCAUUCCGUUCUCUAUUUUUGUCAUUCUUAUCUUGCUGUGGUUCUGUAUUUCUGUUCCCCUCACCCUUGUCGGUGGAUACUUUGGGGCAAAAGCACCUCAUAUUGAGUACCCAGUUAGAACAAACCAGAUCCCGAGAGAAAUCCCACCUCAAAAGUACCCAUCUUGGCUGUUAGUUCUUGGGGCCGGAACUCUCCCAUUUGGUACACUUUUCAUUGAGCUCUUCUUCAUCAUGUCCAGCUUGUGGAUGGGUCGUGUUUACUAUGUUUUCGGAUUUCUGUUCAUCGUUCUGAUUCUUCUUGUGGUUGUUUGUGCUGAAGUUUCCCUUGUUCUGACUUACAUGCAUCUUUGUGUGGAGGACUGGAAAUGGUGGUGGAAGUCAUUUUUUGCUUCUGGUUCUGUUGCAAUUUACAUCUUUUUGUACUCAGUUAACUACCUAAUAUUUGAUCUCAAGAGUUUGAGUGGACCUGUUUCUGCCACCCUCUACUUGGGUUAUUCGCUCUUCAUGGUCACAGCAAUCAUGCUUGCUACGGGUGCAGUUGGAUUCCUUUCAUCAUUUUGGUUUGUGCAUUACUUGUUCUCUUCAGUGAAGUUGGAUUAAGAGGCUAUAAUGGGCUCAACAGUUGGUUUUGAGGAGCACCGGCGAUCUAGCAAUAGGAGACAAAGAUAGCUUUUCUUAUCCUUCUUUUACUUUUCUUUGUCUGUAAUUCUUAGAAAAUUUGAAUACAGCAACAAUAAUCUCGUCAAGAUUCAGUUUUCUUUUGCAUAGUCCAGGAUUUUGCAUCUGUUAAAAGUUGAACUGAGCACAUGCAAUGUAUGAGUUAGGCUUUUCGUGUUGGAGUUCUGCAAUGCUGUUGCUACAGAUCUGUAUCAAUAGUCAUCAGUUUGGUGCCUAGUUUUACAAUUAUCAACAUUAUUAUUUUUCUUGUUCAUUACAUAAAAGAGUUUUGAUUUUACUCGUUAUGUUGAGAUUCUGAAUGUAUGCAAAAACUCCCUACAUAUGCUAAAUAUCAGAUCACCCACAGUUUAAAUACCUAAG